AUGUCAAAUAGAAAUUUAAUAAACAACCGGACCGAAGAGAAUCAUUGCUUUUCGUCACUAUCGAAAGAGUUUGUAGCUAACUAUCACAGAAUAUUCACCGAGUUAGUCGAUGAAGCUUUAGCAAGAAUUCCUUAUUUAGACUCUAUUGAAUUAAAGAACCGGAUUAAAAAAAUGGCUGGCUACUAUGCACUUGCGGAAAAACCAAUUUUAGCUGAACUUUUUCUCUAUACGUACGAAAUGCUCGAAGAGCUUAAAAAUUAUGACGAAGUAAAGAAACGUCAAGCGUAUGCAUUGGCUUGUGUGAUGGAAAUGGGUACUUCUUACUUCCUUAUAAUUGACGACAUGGAGGACGAUAGCAAGAUACGCAGAGGCAAGGUGUGCUGGCAUCUGCUGCCAGAUACUGGUCCACUGUCGUGGAACGACGCUUGUAUGCUGAGAAGCUUUAUACAUGAAUUUAUACAACUCAAUUUUUCUCAAACUGCCUGUUUAAAAAUUAUUGCAUACGUUAAUCAGAUUUAUUUAUUGUCAGCGGCUGGUCAGUAUCACGACAUUUCAACGUCGGAGAAACAAAAUUACAAAAAUUUUACGAUGGACCAAUACAAAAAGAUAGCCGAAUUAAAAGCGGCAUUACCUGCUAUCAAGGCUCCCAUUAUUUUAGCUCUCAUUUUGGCAAACAAAGACACAAAUGAAGUAAAACAGCAAGUGCAUGAUGUCUGCAACGAUAUUGGAGUUUUGAUUCAGAUAAAGAAUGACCUAAUGGAUAUGUACCGAUCAAAUGACUCUGAUUUGAAAUCUUCUACGGAUAUACAGAAAGGAAGAUGUUCCUGGUUGGCUGUAAAGGCAUUAGAAAUGUGUAACAUAGAGCAACAAAGAAUCUUCCAAGAAAAUUACGGAAAAUGUGAUGAAAGUUGUGUGCAAAAAAUUCAAGAAUUAUAUAAUACGUUGCAAUUACAACAGAUAUAUGAAGUUGAAAAACAAAGAAAACAUGAAAAUUUCUUAAGAAAAAUUAACGAACUACCUCCAAACGCCAUACCUAGUGCAGAUAUUUAUAAAAAGCUUGUUUCGUUAAUCGAAAAAUUCAAAUUGGCAUAAAGGAAAGGGUUUUUAUUU